AUGGAACAAAGAAACAAUGUGACAGACUUUGUGCUCCUGGGACUCACUCAGAGCCUCCAGGGUCAGAAAAUAUUAUUUGUUCUGUUCUUGCUGAUCUACAUAUUAACAAUUACAGGAAACUUUCUCAUUGUCCUGACUGUGUUACUCAGCCCAGCAUUGGAUGCCCCAAUGUUCACCUUUCUUGGUUACUUAUCAUUUAUGGAUGCCAUUUAUACCACUACAAUCACCCCAAAAAUGAUUAAAGACUUACUCUUUGAGAAAAGAAUCAUUUCCUUCAAAGAUUGCAUGACACAACUUUUCUUAGAGCACUUAUUUGGAGGCGUUGACAUAAUACUUCUGGUUGUCAUGGCCUAUGACCGCUAUGUGGCCAUCUUUAAACCCUUGCACUAUCUGACCAUCAUGAAUCAAAAGCGCUGUGCUCUUCUGCUGCUCUUGACCUGGGUUGGGGGUCUUCUUCAUGCUGCCCCACAUGUUUUUUUUGUUUACAAUCUUCCUUUCUGUGGCUCCAAUGUCAUUGACCACUUUUUCUGUGACAUGUACCCCUUAAUAAAACUUGCCUGCACAGACACCUAUGUAGUUAGUCUCACUGUGCUGGCAGAUGAUGGGGUGAUCUCUGUGGCCAUCUUUACAAUAUUGCUAGUCUCCUAUGGGGUCAUUCUGCACUCUCUGAAGAACCUAAGUCAGGAAGGGAGGCGCAAGGCCUUAUCCACCUGUGGCUCCCACAUCAUGGUUGUAGUCUUGUUCUUUGUUCCUUGCAUUUUUAUUUAUGUACGACCACCUUGUAUCUUACCCAUAGAUAAAUCUAUGGCUGUAUUUUACACUGUUAUCACCCCUAUGUUGAAUCCACUUAUCUAUACCUUAAGAAAUGAAGAAAUGAAAAGUGCCAUGAGGAAGCUCUGGACUAGGAAACAAAAUUAA